ACGCUGCUGCUGGAAAGCAUUUGGGAGAGCAUUGUGGAACUCCGUUUCUCUGUAAAGUAAAUGCCUUCGCCGUGACACGCUGGUGCGGCACUGGUGCUUAGGGUCCCUCACUGUCAUAGCUGACCUUCCUGACUGGCCUCACACUUGGACUAAAGUUGGUGGAUCAGAAGUGGAUCUUGGCCCUCUAAGCAAUCUGUGGCUUUAUUGCCUUCUGUGCUCUUGUGUUUUCCUUUAGUCUGAGAUCUCCCAGCUACGCCUGUAACACUUCCUGCAGAGCUGGUGGAUUUUUCAGACUCUCCAGGGCAGGGCCAGACCAUGACAGAAAUUUUUUGUGAGACUUUUAAUGUAGACAGGGUGUACAACAGCAGAUGAUAGUGUGGCCACAUAACAGUUGAUAUGUUGUGCAGUGUAGAAGUGCUCACGGACCUUGGACAGCAUUUCUGAUCUGUUUCCUGUGUUCCUAGGACAGUAUCUCGGUGUGUUGCAUGUGCUGGCUGGCUGGAGGUCCCAUCCCUGGCAAACAGAUGGUGUAUGAUUAUCUGAAAUCCACUGCUGGACCUAUGCUUUCAACUCUUGAGUGGACGGAUCAUUUUGUGUAUUUUUUAAUUUGAUUUUGCUAAGCCUAUUUUGCCUUUUCACUAGCAAAAAAAUGGUGUGGGAAAAGUUUUUACUCUUAUGUUAUGGAUGUAUGAUUUUGUCUCAAGCGACUGAAAAUCAGAGUACUGAACCAAAUUUAGCUUGGGAGUUGAUACAAGGAUUUAUGCAUAUUUGGAAUCAUACAAAUCAAGGAAUAUGUAUUAACCUCCCCAAAUCUGCAUCAGAGGGGUUUAGAUUUAUGAUGAUUUGGUUAAAUUUUUCAGAAAUAUUAACAAGAGAACUGGAUAAUCUUAAAAAAACAGGAGGAAAUGUUACCUGGGGAAUGGUGGAGUCCCAGUUCCUAGACCAGAAAGAAGGACAACAGUGGGAUGCAAAUGGGACAUGGGUAGAAUACAAGAAUGCCUUUUACCAGCUCCCACGGGACUCUACCUGGAGCGAUUUAUGGAAUCAAACAUGCUAUCGGUCAUUAGACAUCAACCCUUCUGAGACAUUGCAAAAUGUCACUUCUAUCCCUUGCACGGUGGUACCAUGGUGGGAUUCUCCUGCUGAGGGUGGCUUUUUUGAACAUGAGUACAAUUUACAUUGGGAUGCAGGAUGGUGUAUACAAAUCCCUGAUAACCCAGGAACCGCACAGCAAGUAAACCGAACAAAUUACGAGUGGGCCUGGUCUCUGAAACAAAUCUUUGAUCCUAUAUCUACACUACAAUGGGCUUCCAGGGUCCCCACAGGGAAAAUAGUAGAAUGGGAAGUGGAGAAAUCAGACUGUAAGGAUUAUCAGACCACACUACCUAAUGGAGAGAGCAUCUGCUGGAAAGUGAGGAACCGUAGAAGUCUUACCCAAAGUAAAUCAGAGACCUCCUUUCUGAAUUGUUCCCGUAUAUUAGAUUGUACCACAGGAGCAGGUGAGCCUAUAGAAACCUGGUACAUCUCGGAGCUGAGAACUUUUAUCCGGGACAUGUGUACCUGUUGGGAUUAUCCCAACUAUGGCUAUCUAAACCAAGACACCCGAUGUAAUGGGUCUUAUGAAAAUUCAGAGACAGCACUAUCCUGUGGCAUUCCCAUUACACACGGCCCUGACCAGAGAAGAGUCUGGAAUUCAAGUAGUGAAGCACAGGAAGUUCCCCAAGGUGACCUGUAUCAGUGUUCACAAGCCAAAUAUCCAGCUCCACGGGGAACGGUAUGGGCAUGUUCAGAUGGGAAAAUGUAUUCCCACUUGAACAUGUAUGAUAUGGCUGGACUGCAGUGUACGGUUGGGUUUCCUACCAUGUGUCCAUCUAAAACGUUCAAUUAUACACUUUAUCGUAACAACAAAGUGCGGAGGGAAAUCCACAAUCCAACAGAUGCAAAAGGCUGGAUUCAGGGGAUUCAAGUCCCCGACUAUUACACCUGGGGACAAAAUGUUGCUUUAGACUUAGAAUCAUUUUUUGUGUCCAGUGGAGUUGUCCAGCAGCACAAGUAUGUCUUGGAGAACUUAACUAGGCAAGUCCAUGUGUUAAGCAACUGGACCGGACGCUCGCUCAGGGAACCGAAGGUGCAGGCCCCGCAGGCAUCGGAAAUGGCUCUGCAGAAGCGAUUAGCCACGGAUACGUGGUUGUUGAAAGAGAAUGGAGUGUGUGGGAUGCUAAACCUGACGGAUGGAGAAUGCUGUGUCACUGUCCAUAAUGCCAGCACCACCAUAGAAGAGGCACGUCAGAAGAUGAAGGAGAUUGCUGAGCAAAUGGGAGAACUGUUUCAAGCAAUGCAACCCAAGGACUAGUUUGAUGGACUGAGCCUGGAUUGUGGAUCACAUGUACUAAAGUGCCUUGUAUUUAUGGGAUGGGGAAGGCAGAUUGCGUGCACUGACCUUAUCAUACUGUGUGGAUUCUUGGGUUUGAUGGUAGGGCAGGAAGUCAUGUCAAACUGAGAUGAGUUCAUUAUGGUUAUAGAGGAAAGGGAUAGAGUUUCUAGCACUGUAUAAUUCCAUACCGUUCAUGUCAUGGCAAGAAUGUGGUUGGAGCAGGAGGAAGUCAGGGGAUGGAAGUGGAAGGGUGGCCAUCUUUUGCUAUGCUUGGGGAUUUGGCUUUUCUGGUUUGGUGCUCAAAGACAGCGCUGGUGAGCCCAAGAGCUGGGGAGCUGCUCCAAGAAAAAGAAAGGAGAGAAAGCAGCAGCAGGGCAGAGCACAGCUGAGCCAUGUGGAGCCCAGGCUGCAGCUGCUGUGACUGCAGCCACUGGAGCAGCUGCUGGAAGCGCCAAGCUCUCCAGUCCUGCUCCCAAAAGGCCGAGAAGGAGGGUCCUCUGACCUGCUUCAGAGCCCUGUCAGGUCCCACCAGGUUUUGCCUUGUCCCUGUUCUUCCAUUGUUUUCAGUCUGAGUGGGAAAAGUUAAAUUGCAAGCCUUUCCAACAUUCUGCUUUUGUUUUCGCAUAUACUCCAUGCUGCCCAGCACAGGGACAGCCAUCAUUUUGCCUUUUUCUUGGAAAACCACACUGGAUGUGGUCUUUGGGAAGUAUUUUUGUUUGUUCAGUAGUGAAUAUCCAUUUGUCUCUCUUUUGUACACUCUUUUAUUAUCUCUCUUUUGUACACUCUUUUAUUAAUAUUGUUGUGCUUAUUGCAAUUUUUCAGUAAACUGUGAUUCCAAUUUAUAA